CACCGCAAAACGUGGCUUGUGGCUGCGGAAGAGGAGGAAGGUAUGCUGAGGGCUCGGAUCCAAAGAGUUCAGGUUCCCCUGGGUGAGGCGCUGCGACCCAGCCAGCUCCCCCCAUCCCGGCUGCCUCAUAUGUGGCAGCUGUCCCAGGCUUGGUGGUGUUGAAGAACUGCUGCUUAAACUCGUGCCUGGUGAUUAAUCUGGAGCAGUGGCUCUAGGAAGAUGUCGUUGUAUAUUUUGUACAAUAAAUGAUUCUCUCUCCACUGAAAUGCAGCCACCUCUAAGGUGGAAGCAGUUAAACAACACACAGCAGCAUCACACGAGUUUAGGACAGGCAGUGAAGAGGAGUGUUGUGUCCAAGUGAAACAUCAGAGGGAGUUCUAGUUCCCUGAACAUGUCCCAGAAGGAUCCCUGCCAGAAACAAGCCUGUGAAAUACAGAAAUGCUUGCAAGUGAACAACUACAUGGAGUCUAAGUGUGAAACUGUGCUUCACGAAAUGCGGAAGUGCUGUGCCCGGUACCCCAAGGGCAGAUCCGUCUGUUGUUCAGGGUUUGAGAAAGAAGAAAGGGAGAGAGAAAAGUUUAAGGCGACUUCAGAAGGAAUUCCUCCACCACCUCAGUAACACAAUGCAGCUCCAGCAGGUGCCGGAGCACGGACUCACCUGCAGAGCUUGUGUGUGUUUUUUCAAGCCUUCUUUAGACUUUCAGGAAAGCCAGAUCGCUCCUAGAACACACCAUCCGGCACACCAAAAAGUAUAACACAGUACCAACAGAUGGCCUGGUUAACAGACUUUAUUUUCUGUACCAAAACAUCAUCAACUUUGUCUUUGCAUUGCACCUGUGUCUGUGAAAAGUCAACUUGAUGUUUUUAGAAUGCUUACCUUACUCUAAUCCAUCCUUGCUCUCAAAAUGGAGAACUGGAACCAAGUUACUCUGGCUUCUGGAGCAAGAGGUACAGGAAACGAGCUCUGAAGAGUGAGUGAGUUAAAGCAUGACACAUGAAACAAGCCCAUCUUGACACAGCAAAGGUAUUGCUGCCAUCAUGCAGUAGUUCCAGACAACAUUUGCCUGUCCAGUGGUUCAAGCUCAAGAAUGGGAAUUAGGUCUGGGGAUUGUUCCUAGGUCUUGCAUAGAUCACGAGUGACUACCAGUCACUUUGCCUAAGUGCCUCACUUUCCCACUGGACAGACUUUUGGUUACUUUAUAUUUGAAUUGCCUACACGCUGCUAUUUGCAUGACAAAGACAUUACAGGAACAUUAUUUCAGGGAUUGCUACAGGAAUAGGAUUUUUUUUAAAAAAAGCAAUAUUAAUUUGAAAGAUCUGACUGUUGAUAUAAAAUUUAUGUAUAAUUGAACACCUUUAAGCAAUAUGUUACGAACCCAGCAUAGUUCAACCCGCUGGUACCCAGGGG